GAGCAAGCCUUCGGAGAAAUGCCAAUGGAAGACGAAGAUGCUGCCAAAGAGGCCGAAGAUUCUUACAAUCAGGAAGCAGUGUCAGAGGAGACUAUGGACACUGAACUUCAGCCAGAAGUUCAAGAAGAGCUCUUGGAAGAACCUGUGGAGGAGCAGGCCUUGCUUUGGCCGGAGGAGCAAGCCUUCGGAGAAAUGCCAAUGGAAGACGAAGAUGCUGCCAAAGAGGCCGAAGAUUCUUACAAUCAGGAAGCAGUGUCAGAGGAGACUAUGGACACUGAACUUCAGCCAGAAGUUCAA